AUGAAGUCUGUGUUACUAUCAACUCUUUGUAUAUUUUUAUUUUCUGUUAAUGUCAAUGCUGAAAGUGUUCAUUGGCAAUGGCGAGAAUUGAUUUGUAAAGGAACUGAAAAUCAAGGAGAAGAGGAUGCUACACCUUGUGUGAUACAGCUUAAAGAGAAUGAGAAUGAUACUGAGCCUCGUACCGUUCCAUUCGAUACAUGUACAGAGGAAGAAGUCAACGGCAAAGUUCGUAGUUAUUGUAAUAUUGUUUGUCCAACAGCAGCCACAGCUUAUAGAAUAACUCGUUAUCCCCAAAAUCAUAAAUCAUGCUUCUCUCAUAUUACAUAUCGAUUGGAGAGACGUGAUGAUCAAUUCUACAUGUGGAGGGAAGGAAAAUGUCGUACGAGUGAUAUCCGAUUCACUGUUCGUUGCGAGUUUUCUUCUGCCAGAGCCGAUUUCAAAGAUGAUGAUUCUCUAUUCGACGAGACCAAGAAGCUCUUGGCCAAGUCAUAA